AUUUGUAUGUAUGAGUAAAUCUGAACAAGCCAUUUUAUCCCCCCCCCCACUCUACCCCCAACAGAUAUGAAGAUGAGAUCAACAAGCGCACCGGGGCGGAGAACGAAUUUGUGAUCCUCAAGAAGGAUGUUGAUGCUUCCUACAUGAACAGAGUGGAGCUGGAAGGCAAGGUGGAUGGAUUAAAUGAUGACAUAAACUUCCUGAGAGCUCUCUACGAAGCAGAGCUGCGUGAGAUGCAGACACAAAUCUCUGACACUUCCGUGGUCCUUCAAAUGGACAACAACCGAAACUUGGACUUGGACGGCAUCAUUGCUGAGGUCAAAGCUCAGUAUGAGGAAAUGGCCAACAAGAGCAGGAUUGAGGCAGAAUCUUGGUACCAAACUAAGUUUGAGGCCCUGCAAGCCAGCGCUGGGAAGCACGGAGAUGACCUGCGUAGCUCCAAGUCUGAGAUUGCCGAAAUUAACCGCAACAUCCUGAGGCUGCAGGCUGAGAUUGAUAACAUGAAAAAUCAGCGUGCCAAGCUAGAAGCAGCCAUUACUGAAGCAGAGGAACGUGGGGAGAUGGCUGUCAGAGAUGCCCGGGCAAAGGUGGAGGAGUUGGAAGCUGCCCUCAACAAAGCCAAGGGUGACAUGGCCCGUCAGCUGAGGGAAUACCAGGAGCUGAUGAAUGUCAAGCUGGCCCUGGAUAUUGAGAUUGCCACCUACAGGAAGCUGCUGGAAGGGGAGGAGAGCCGGCUGUCUGGUGAUGGAGUUGGCUCCGUGAACAUCUCUGUGGUCAAUACUAGUGCUGGUGGCCAUAGUAGUGCUGGUGGCUUUGGCUAUGGAGGAGGAUUCAGUUUGGGAAGUGGAAUGGGCAGCGGAGGCCUCGGCUUUUCUACCGGUGGCGGUUCUGGCGCUACAAAGUCAUACAGCGUGACAACCAGCUCAACUCGGCGGAGCGUCAGAAACUAAGCUCUGAAAACCAGGAUCAUCACUGCCUGAGCAGAAGAGAUAGCAUCUAUACCCCCUCCCCUUUCCCACAACAAAGCAAGGGAGAAAUCAGUACAUGGUUUCCCCAAAGCCAUACUGGAUGCAAAACCCACACAGUCGUGUUUUCUGUGAGUGCAUAACCCUCCACCACGUACAGCCUUGCUGAACCUCCGCAAGUGGAAUACAAACCAAAUAUAGGCAAAUUUCACAUUGUCUAUUUUCAGUGCAGAAAUUGGCUUCUCCCUUCUCCUUCCUGAUUUCCCUGAAAGGAAAGGAAAUGUGAAAGUCCCCAAAAUAAAAUUGGAACCAGAGGCCUGGAUCCAGGAGAAAAGUUCACCUGGCGGAAGGGAUUUCUGUCGGUAGCGGGGGGAAACACACACAUCAAGGUGGUUUCCUCACCUCCUUACUGCCUCUGCACCCUAAAACUCUAUGCUGAAAAGUUAUUCUUGGGGGACGAGGGACUCCUCCCUCUGGAGCCGAGGGAAGAAGGGGUUGGAGGUUCAUCAUUGAGGAUGGGGGGAAUCAGUGGAAAGAAACCCCUCCGUUUUGUUGGCUGCAAUUUUCUGCAGAAUUCAACCUCUUCCCUUCCCCUUCCUUUUGCAAAAUGACAGGGUGUUUUGUGAUAUUUCCCCCUUCUGUUCUGCCUGCCAGUCACAGAAAUCAGAUGAACAGAAAUCCAAUUGCCAAUUGAGCUACACUGACUGGAUGCUGUGGUUCUGAGCAAGGUAUCUGAGGCCCCUUCCGCACUGGCAGAAUAAUGUACUUUCAAUCCGCUUUCACAAUGGCUUGCAAAUGGAUUUUGCUAUUCUGCACAGUAAAAUCCAGCUGCAAAGUGCAUUGAAAGUGGAUUGAAAGUGCAGUAUUCCACAUGUGCGGAAGAGGCCUUGAAGGCCCAUUUUGACACUUUUCUAGGGAAGAACAGAUCCCGUCAAUUCCCCGUCUCUUAUUUUUCCACAGUUCUAUGACACCUGGUAUUCCACAUCAGUUGUUUUCUGUCAAGGAAGGAGAAUUUUGCAAUGUCGAUAACAGAUUUUGUGCAAGAAAAAAACCCAUUCAUUCCUUUAAGCAUGUCAGGAAUAUCCAAAAUAAUUAGUUUCUUUACAAUGACAAUAUUUUAUACUUGCUGGGGUUGCACAAAAGCAUUCCAGUACAUUAUGGUAAAAUACCCACUCAAGCGGUACAUCUCCAUAAAAAUUUAACCACUUUUCCACCAAAUAACGUUUGUUGUUUCUAUUUUUUCCUGGCAAUUUCUAUGUGACCUAAACAUGUUGGAAAAAGACAAUCCUCUUCAAAACUAUCACUUUUAUGCCAUUUAUUUUUUAUUUUAUAUUUUAAAAAUAUUUUCCUCCAGUUUGAUUUUUUUUUCUUCAUUCUAUAAAACUGCCCAGGUGCUUCUGAACAACAAAGGAACAAGAAAACAAAUAAAUCUCUUAAAAGAAAAACUCAAGAAAUGUUUUAUGGCAAAAAAAGAUGGCAGUUUUGAAGGGCUGUAGCCUAUAUUGUUCGUUGAUGUCAUGCUGUUUUGGCGUGCUGCUAUAUUCUUGUAGGAAAUAAAAAAUAAAGACAGUGAAACAUAUUUGUUAAAUAUCUAGUUUUUUAAAUAUCUAGUUUUUAAAAAAUCAAUUAAAGCAUGUUUUGCCUCAAAAAAACCUUGCUUUUUGACAAGGUUUAUCAGGUUUUCUUUGCUGACUUAAGAAGCUGAGGUGCUUCGGUACUAAAACCAAAAAAUAUAAAAUGAAUGUAUGGGUUUUUUUCCCUCCAGCACAAAGUAGUAAAUUUCAAAGGAAUGUAUGUCUACAUUAAGGUUGUUUUUUACGCAGUUCGGCUCUUCAACAGAAAUACAGUCAUACAAUAAAACCUUUAUAAAACA